ACGCUAUUCCAGAGAGACCUGAACCUUUCCACCUGCCUGUGAAUUGGCCACCUAAAGGUAUUGACAGAAAUGAGACUUCUUUUACUGAAAUGGCUGGCUCAAUAAACGGUUGUGUUUUCUGGGAUUUUUAUUAUGGUUAAUUACGAUCUUUGAGUGAAGAAGAAGAAUCCCACGAGGCGGUGGUCUCUGUUUCAUAAAUGGUCUAACCCAGAGCUCACUGCAGUUGGUGGCAAGCUUCUCGCUACUUCAGUGGAUCAGCAGCAGGGCUGUCGUGGCACUUCCUGCGCAGUGCGACUCUCCUGUCCUUGCUCGAGACCAGAAGGAAGAUACAUGAAUAUGUGGUAGAUUAUCUUUGAAAUGGAGGCACAGAAGCAUUCCUGUUUUACAGCUGCACUAGCAGAGCAGCCAGUUCCAGCCUCGUCUCUCCAGCCUGCACAGGGUUCGUCUGGCCGCAGCCAGAGCAGCGCGACUGCCCAGCCGGAGCCAGCGCUGGCACAGCCUGUCUAUCUGAAAGCCCUCACCAUACCGCUGUAUCAGCCUGUCCAGCCAGGAUGCUUUCAGCCAAACAGUCAGGCAGUGACUGGCAGAAGCUGUGUAAAUCUAGACAGCAGUAACAUACCUCUAAUCCUGAAUCCACUUGUUCCUUCAGAAAGGACAGAUCAGCCUCAAUCACUUUUUCAAAAACAGCUUGGGCAAACUCUAACAUUAAACAUAGUGAGCACUUUACCAGUUUUAUUGUCACCAAAUUCUUGUGUAAAUGCAUCUAUUGGAAACGCAGGAAAAUCAAAAAAUGCUGGGAAAUACAUCUGUAAACACUGUGGACGAGACUGUUUGAAGCCAAGUGUCCUUGAGAAACAUAUUCGCUCUCACACAGGAGAGAGGCCCUUUCCAUGCACCACUUGUGGUAUUGCAUUUAAAACUCAAAGUAAUUUGUAUAAACACCGACGAACACAAACACACGUCAACAAUACCAGACUACCCUCAGACUCUGACAACAGUGGCAUAUUGGAGCAAAAUGAGAAAGCAACAGAGUGUGUCACAUCACACCAAGGCACCAAACUACACAGUAGUGCCCGUGAAGAUGAGGGGGUGCAGAUUAAACAAGUAAAUUCAGAGACGAAUGUUGUAAAAGACACUAAGAAGCUUUUUAAUGACCUUCCACUGCCAGCAACAAGCGAUUCAUCGUUUGCUUCAGAAAAUCACGUAAGAACUAAUCAGUCCUUUAGUUCCAAGAUUAAUCAAGAGGUUCCUGAAAAGGAAUCUUUACCAUCUCCAGUGGUUCUGCAAUGUGCUCAGCCCCAGAGAAAGAAGAUACAGGAGCAAAGAACUCCAGCUGCCAGUAAGCACCUCCAGUUGCAAAGGCAGCAAGCAACCUAUUCGGACAAACAGUGGGAUUACAAGCCAUUGGACUGCAAGCUAAAGAAGUGUGAGAGCACUGACUCAGGGUAUCUGUCACGCUCGGACAGUACAGAACAACAGAUGCCACCAUCCAGCCCGCUGCACAGUCUCCAUGAACACAGCACUGAACUGGAAAGUGAAACUGCCUUCAGCAGCUUAAGGUGCACAGCCGGAAGCAGUGCAAAGCUAGAUUCAGCUGAGAAAGCGACAGCCCUGAUGCUAGAGAAAAAGAGGCUGGAAGAACACAUCUCAAAGCUUAUUUCUCAUAACAAGAGUGUGGUGGAUGAUACCCAGCUAGAUAACGUUAGGCCCAGAAAAACUGUCCUCUCUAAACAGGGAAGCAUCGAUCUGCCAAUGCCUUAUACAUACAAAGACUCCUUCCAUUUUGACAUCAGAACUUUUGAUGUAAAUAGGAGAAAGAAUCUUUCCCUUUGCUCAGCAAAAUCUACCUUUGCACCCCUAGAAAAAGGCAAGCCGCUGUUUUUCCAUUCAGUCCCCACCCAGUUCUCCACAACGGUAGACUCUGUGCCUGUUACAAGAAGCAACUCUCUGCCCUUUGUGGAGGGCACCAGACCGGUACAUGACAAAGCAGGUUGCUCAACCCCCCUUUCCCUUACUAAGCAGUCUGUAACUACAAGCUCUUCUAGUUUGGUGCCUAGCAACAAUCUUGCUGCAAAUUCGGUGGAUUUUCCUAGCAGCCAUCCCCGAGCACUCGUCAGACAAACAGCAGUGGAUGAUCUGCCGCUAAGUAACGUAGCUGAUUAUCCUCCUCCCUCUGAGGAGGUGCAAGGGAGUAAAAAGCUUGGGGCUGGAGGAGAAGUAGUAAGUGCUAAAAAUAAGAAACAAAAUCAAAGGAAAUUAAAGAUGUUCUCUGAAGAAAAAUGGCAAAUGUAUGGAGAUGAAACAUUUAAGAAAAUCUACCAAAAAAUGAAAAGCAGUCAAAACGCCAAGAAAAUGAAACAAAGGGCGAAUAAGAUUACAGAUAUUACAGGCUUCACUCCUGAUUCAAAGGAAUCAGCCAGUGGUACUGAAAUUACCCAGGAAAGAAAUGGCAGGAGCUCUUUAAGUGACAGUCUUUCCUCCCUUGUGCCAGCAGAUUUAAGCACUGUUAAAUCAGAAACCUGUCCUAAUGGUAAUCAUGCUCUACAGAACAUGUCCUCGGAGGAAACUGCAGACGGUUUAACCUACGUAAUGGAAACAUCACAUUCGGUAAAUGCUGGUGCACAUACAGUAAUGAGCAAAACUUCCCGAGACCUCAGUGGCAGUGACACAGAUACAAACACAGGUGGCAACAACACAUUACAAGCGCUGAGCAGUUGUGAGCUCAGGCUUCAAAAUACACCGUGUCGGCUGAACAGCAGCGUAAUGAAUGAUGACUCCUUGCCAGUACAGAGUAGCAAUUGGGAAGAUUCACAAGAAACUGGGAAAGAAGCCAGUCCAUUUGAAUCAGAGUGUAAAAGUACUUCAAACAGUUAUGGAAACCAUCACAGGAAUAAGGAAACCGGCCAGCAUGCCCUGGCAUCCCUGUGGGUCCAUUGCAACAGCAAUAGAGAAGCCUCAGGGAAAUCUCAGAACUUACCAUCAGAAAGAAAAAAGCCAAAAGUUGAAGUGGAAAGGAAAGAAAACAUUAUUUUAAAGUCCUGUUCCAGGCCCAGUAGUGAAAAGAAUGCGGUAGACGAAACGGAGGGAGUCUCUUGCAGUCUCGCUCAGUGUCUUUCCACAGCGCCAAUGAAACUCUCAGGUAAAGCAGAACAAAAAAUGAGCACCUCUGGAGGUGCUGAGAGCGCGGAAUAUAUGAAAACAAUCGGACUCCCCACAAACCCUGUUAAUUAUAGUGACAGUAACCUUUCACAUUCAGCAGGGAUCUCAACAGCUUCAUUUGUGGGAUUUCUGGGGCCUGAGUUAAGGAGAAGUCAUUGCAAUUCUUUCGCCUUGCACAAUGCAACAGAUAAAGAUGUCAAAACACAUCUUGUGAAAACAAAAGGAAAAGUACCGCUUUUCAGUGACAGUGUUGUUGAUAUAUCUGCCAAAAUUCAUCAUCUGCAAUCGGGUCAGUUAACUCCAGUCCCACAGAAAAAUGCCUUUUCUCCAAAAUAUAUCCUUAAAUUGCCACAAGACAAGAGAUCCUCAGAUCUGUCACUUCUGCUUAGAUCAGAACAGAUUACACCAUCUGUGUCUGUGACAGACACCUUCACCAGCCCCCCCUGCUCUUCCAGCAGCAGAUCACUCAGUUCUGAUUCUAAUGACGUGUUUUGGUCCCCUUUAAAAUCUGGAGUGAGACAAAAAGCCAGCAGAGCCGAGCUACGAUGGAACAUACAGGCAAACUGGAAAACUCCAGCGUUUUGUUCACCAGUCAACUCACAAACCACAAGUAUCUUAACCACAGUAGAUAACACCUUUUAUAACCAAAACUUCAGGCAGAAGGAAAUGAUAAAAGAUGCUUGGAAAAACAAAUACAACAAAGAUAAAUUAAAUUACCAAAGGCAAACUGAAGACAAGUGGAUAAGCGUAACUACUUCUUCUGCACAGACCCCCCAAAAGAAAAUAUGUUUUACUUCUAUGUAUACAAGUGGCUUUUUCAUAUCAGCGGAUAUCAAAGAAGAAAAGAGGGUUUUACAUCACCUUUGCUCAGGCAGCAACUCUCUGGUGAUGACGUCAGGCCACAGGGCAGCUUCCAGCAAGACCCCAGAGCAAGCGAUCCUGGCAUGGGGCACAGGCGGCAGUCCAUGCAUCCUUAAGGACCUUUCACCAGCGCUGCAGGAUGUGGAGCAUUCUCAGAGCUCAACAGACAGCUCUACUUAUUUUUGCCAUUCUUUUGGCACUUUUUAUUGCCACACUACUCACUGUAAAGAAUUGCCAGCACUUCCCCACAAUAGUUUGACUUGCUACUCUGGAAGUUUAACAGUAUCGAGCACAAAGAGCACCUUCCCAUCGUUGAAUGCUGAACCUCGAUUGACUUGGUGUUGUUUAACAAGAAGCCUUCCUCUGCCUGCUGAGCAGAAAGGGAAUGCAGACUCUGCUUAUUCCUCCAUGCACAUCUGUGACAAGGAAUCUAGCGAUGAAUGCACACUAUCAAAAUACGAUAUUUCUUUUUUCAAAAUGAAAAAUAUUAGCAAGACUGUGGCCUAUGGCUUAACAAACAGGAGUUUAAAAACACUGGUUUCAUCCUUUUCUAAAGGACAACACAUGCAGGAGUUAAGCUCAGCAGCUCCUGGUGGUGCUUUUGCAAAUAUUUCAGAGCAAAAGAAGAAAACAAUAGUUUGCAAAAGGGAAAAACUCACAACAAAUAAACUCAAGAGGAGCCACAAACAGAAAAAAAUUAAAGUCACCCCCAAAUGGUACAGGAGGAGGCAUGGACAUGGAUAUGCUCAGUUGAAAACUAACCGACUAAGCAAGCAACACUGUUUUCCACAUAGAGCAGUGGAUGUUUUGAAAAAGGGCUACCCAUCACAACCCUGUAAAUCUAAUCAGUAUAAGAAGUGUCAUUCUCCUCAAUCAAAGUUACAAGGAAAUUUCCUACACCAGCAAAAAGAGGCAUCUUGUUCCACCUCAGACAAGCCACUUUGCAGAAGGAAGAAAGAAGGAAAGAAUAACUCAGGAAUAUUUUCCCAUGCUGAAAAUCUAACCCAUGUUAAGCAAAAAGACAAAAUGGAUAAAAAAGACAUUUCUGGGCAAAUCAGGGAACAUACAAGAACAAACUUCUCUUUUCAGAACAUUACACCUCCUUUGGAAAUAUCUGUGACAGCUCAUUCCUUUUCAUCCACAGUUAAUACUGCCAUGCAGCAAGUCAACAAUGACGUAGAAAUAUGCUGUUUAGUGACACAACCACUCGUGCUCCAGCGAUCAGUUCCAGGGGAGUCACAGCCAAAUGUCUGGACUGACUCAAUGGCAUCUUCUUUUUGGUCUUGUCCUUUUGAUUUUCCAAAUACAGGCACAGAUGGGCAGAUUGACAGCACAAGCUCAGAGACUACUGAUCCGCUUUCCUUACGUCCAGAAGCAACCCAGGGAAACAUACUAAACACAGAGUCAGAGAGUCAAAGAUUUGGUGCAUUAGACCUGGUGAUCCAGGCCUCAGGAAAGGAGAAAUGUCCAACUGAAGAAAUUACAUAUUCAUCUCCAAAAGAAAACUCAACUGCCAGUUCCCAACCUGGAUGUUCACAUAUAUUGGGAUCAAAAGCAGAGUCUCUUCUUGAGUCAGACACAAGGGCUAACUUACCCAAGAUAGCAUACACAGAGUGUGCAAACUUUUCUCAAAAAAUCCUUCAUGGAAAUACGGACAAGAAUGGAACCUACCUGCAGUCAGAUAACUACAGAAGGCCACAUGAAACAAAUACUGCUACCUUUAAAGAGCCCUCAAUUACUCUCAGGUUCCCCGAGUUCAAGACUUAUUCUGCAACACCUUCCAAGACAUGCAAAAAAAGAGGCUUAGAGAUGAUGAGGAAGCAAACCAGAGUUGAAUAUGAUGACACUAGCAGUGAUGACGAAGAUAGGCUUGUUAUAGAAAUAUAGCAAAUAGGCUGCUAAGAUGCUCAAAUGAUGGUCCAUUACAGAAGGAAAUGCCAUGGAAAUUUGAUCUACAUUUCUAAAGCACCUUUAGAUCAGAAAAGCCAUUCCUCAGUGCAUUAGGCAGCAUUCUCUUCUGAAGAGAGACCUUUAUUUCAAGGACUCAGACUUUUUUUUUUAAAAAAAGCUUAUUUGAAGCAAAGCAGGAGCUGGCUUCACCCAUUUAAAUGCAAAUGGUAAACCUAUAUUUAUGAGGAGUUUCCAGUAUUGUUAACUCUCUUACCAGUCUUACAUAAAGCCCACAAGUGCUAGCUGCUAGUGUUUUUAUUAUUAAAAGGCUGUAGUGUAUUUAUUCACUAACAACAAUACUAUAGCAACAGCUUCUUCAAUAUAUAAGCUAAGAUUUCCUGGAAGGGUAUGGCUGUAUUCUCCUCUAUGUAUUCCCCUCUCCUCUUUUUUGUAGUCACUGCCAUCUGUACUGGGAGUGAUACACUGGCAUUAAGGGAAAGAUAUAUUCCCUAAGUGUCUGUGAUACUGGCAGAGUCUGCAAAAAUGCUGAUCUUUUUCCAUGUUGCACAAAUGUUAAUGCUUCUUUGUGACCAAUUACACAAGCAUGCCUUGCUUUGUGUUUUGUAUCUUUUACGCCAAGAUCUACUCAAGUAUUUAGUUCUUUAGUACUGUUGGAGAUUAUGGAUGUUAGCUAUUAAUAUUUCCUUGUAGUAAAAUUUCUGACAAGGAUUUUCUUGUUAUAUUCAUCAGAUUGUGCUCCAAGAAAUUAAUCUUGAAUUUUUCAUUUUUAUUGUAAUCUUAACUGCAAUUAUGCUAUUUUAUCAAAGGGAAGAAGCUAUAUGACUUAGCUUGUUUUCUUUUCUUACCUUUUUUUUAACAAAAAGUUUUGUGCUACAAAAUCUAAAAUUCACUGGUUUCUAUGUGAAUAAACAAUUAGAUAAAGCUUAAUUUGACCAAAUAUAUUCACUUGCUUGAUUAAACCGAUAAACAUUAAAACCAUUCCCCUUCUACAUUAUAUUCAAGUUUUGUACUUAAAUUUCUACCAGUUUUUGUAUUGUGAAUCAUGCAUAGGGUUUUUAUGGAUCAACCUGCAUGGGAUAUUCGGAAUUGCUUUUACGUUAAUCCUACACAGGUAAGCUUAGGUAGAUUUUACCCACAAAGAGAUCUAGUAUAAUGCAUAUUAGAAAAAUACAUAUUUAUAAAAAAAGAUGCUGAAACAACUAACAGAGAUAAAACCAACUACUAAGUCGCAUGUAAUAUCUGUAUUUUCAGAUGUGUUACAAAGGGUGGUAACUCUUGCAGUUGUCCAUACAGACGGCUUCAUGUUUAGCCUCAAAUUAUGUCUGUAAAUUUAUUGUUAGAGAAAACAAAAAUCACAAUCAAAAUAAUAUACCAAUUCCAAAUUCUAAUGUGGGAAAAAUGUUAGGAAAAAAUUCUCUUCUUUCAGAAUACAGGAUAAGCCAUGAAGGAUAUCUUUCCCUUUCUAAAAAUGUUACAAUAUUACACCUGACCACAGAAUUUUCAGUAGCAUUACAACAACAACUGAUAUAGAAAAUGCAUGGAAAAAAAAUCCAACAAUAUUAGUUUAAGGAAUUAUGAAUUUUUGUUCUCCUACUUUAUUUCUCGUUUAUCAAAUGCUGAGAUUUUAUAGCACAGAUAAUAGAUUAACGUUGCACACUUUCCCUAAUUUGUUGGGUUGUGAUCAGAUUUAGUCUGUAGCCCAGAAUGACAGUGAACUGGCCUAUUCUUUUACUAUAUGUUAGGAUAGACUUCCGUUAACUUCAGUUUUAUUUCCAUAUACCACAGACUGAGAGGUUAUGGUGAAAUAACAGCUGAACUUAGGAAGCUUUGUAUUAAGAGCUCAGCAAACAUGGGUGUUAGUUCUGGGUUAAGAGAUUAAGAAGCAUGAAUGGCAUUGACAAUGGUGGACUGCAAGGCCCUGUAAAUUGCAUAUUUUGUUGACUGAGAUGCCGUACCUAAAAUACCAUUUUGUUCAGAAUGGUGCAGCUAAACAAAAAUGAUAUAGCUACAGGUUGCUUCUACCUUGAUUUUUCUCUUUAUAUUGUUAAAUUAUUUUGUCUUAAUAAAAAUAAAACUUGA